AUCUUGCUCGGAUGACGGCUCGAGCAGAAGCCGACAUGAAGACUGUUCAGAUAUGACGAAGUAAGGGGUGAUUGUGGCUAAGCAUAAAUGUGACUCAAGUUCGAACUCCCCAUGGUGGGGCAAGUGCGGGGUGCUUACCUGGGCAUUGUUAGCAGAUGAGUUCAAAUUGGAGAGCUUCUGCUUUGCACAAAAAAAAAAAUUCUGAUGUGAUGAUGAUCAGGCAGCGAAGAUUUAGCGUUAUUGAAAGUUCGACCGCAGUUUGAAAAAUUUCACACUUCUUACCUAUAUUGCCGCAUACAAUUAUCCGCCUAUAUAUAUCCUUCUGCUGUGCUAGCUGGGAGGUUGACCUUUUGGCGACGCAACAUAUAUUUACAACAGUAUCAAAUUUAGCGCAACAAAAGACAUUCUCCGGUAUUUAAGUCGACAAUUGCAGCUAAAUAUGCCCCUGGAAAGAGAUUCUGAAGGCCGAACCUACGUGCGCCACUCCAACGGCCAAAGGUCCCACUACAUCCUGACCAGCUUUGCAGACCCCUGGAAAUCACACGAAACAAUCCUCAUCCAGCACGGAUUCGGCCGCCACGCAGAAUUCUGGUACCAUUGGAUUCCUGUCCUCGCACGCCAAUACUAUGUCAUCCGAAGGGAUCUACGCGGGCAUGGUUAUUCGAGCUAUCCCAAAUUCGGAGAAAAAUAUGAAUACACGUUGGAUACGAUCCUCGAGGAAAUCAUAGAUACGCUGGAUCAUUUGGGAGUCAAGAAGGUCCACUUUCUGGGAGAGUCGACAGGAGGAAUGCUUGGGGAAAUACUGGCCGCCAGACAUCCAAAUCGGCUCCAUUCGCUAACAGUAUGCUCAACUCCUACGCAUCUCCCAGAACCGGCCCUCAAACUAUUCGCUUUCCACAAGAAAGACUGGCCGGCUGCAUGUCGAGAGCUCGGUUCGCGGGGUUGGGCUGAGGCAUUAAGCAACAUACCAGGAACAAUACCCAUAGUAGACCAGGGAUACCUCCCAUGGUAUCUUGACCAAAUAAGCGUUAGCGACGGUGAGGGCCUUGCUGGUUAUGCACAGUUUCUAUCGACUUUGGAUGCUCGACCGUACCUGUCGAAGAUAGGAAUACCCACGCUCAUAUUAGCACCUUCUCAGAGUGCUGCGACGACACUGAAGGAGCAGCAGCAGCUUCAACAACAAAUACCUGGUGCCAGGAUGGAAAUAAUCAGCGGUCCAGGUCAUGAGAUAUACGUGACCCAGGCUGAGAAGUGUCAAGGUGCCUUUCUUUCCUUUCUGGGAGCGCUAAGACAGGAUGAUACCGUAGAGAGCUGAGUGAAAUGGACGGGUUCUUGCCUUGCAUAGUAAUAACGUGGAUUCUCGUAGUAGGAUGAUAUUAUGUUGAACCGUCGUUCCAAUCGAUAUCCGAUCUAACAGCCAUCGAACUUGAACGUGGCCGCCUAUCCCGAGUUCCCGUCAUUAUGAUAUCAGUUCAGGCUCCCUGAAUCUCAUGGCGAACUCUUCAAUUAACGGGCAUUAAGGAUGAAAGCGGUUUUCAUACGCGAGUGCUAAUUGUUGGAGAAUGUUCCCCAUCCGCGGAGUCACUCCCCAUACCCAGACAUCGCUGAGAAAUGACGACCAGAUACGUGCAAUUGCUGCGGCAAGAGAGCCACUGCCAUCAUAGUCGCUUUCAACUUCC